CACUGGCUGAUUUUUAACCAGGGCUAGUGGAUCAGAGGGAGCUGGUAAUUCUGAAGAAAACCUGUUCAUCAUGGCCUGUGCUGCUAUUUCUGUGGGUUUUACUAUUCCUCAGUUACUGAGAGGUACUAGUAGAAUUUUUCCCACUCAUUCUGCAUUGGUGGUCUUGAGACACUCUGCUUUUUGUUACUGCACAGUGAAUGGCACCACAAAAUCAAAAAUAAAAAUGGAUCAUCUAGAGAGAACAGCAAAUAAUUUUCGCCAGGAGAUGAUUUCACAAGCAAAAGUGUGUGGAAUCGCCAGUGAAUCGGAGACAGUGAAAAGGCUUCGCUUGGCUGUCAUAAAUAAAGAUUUUACUUUCAAAGCAGGACAAUGGGUUGAUUUCUUUAUUCCUGGAAUUUCUGUAGUUGGAGGAUUCUCUAUAUGUUCAAGCCCUGGCCUGUUGGAACGAGAUGGGAUAUUAGAGCUAGCGGUCAAGAAUGCUCUUCAUCCUCCUGCUCACUGGAUUCACACGGAGUGUGCUCCUGGCUCAGAGGUGGCUCUGCGAGUGGGAGGCGAUUUCUUCUUCGAUCCUCAGCCCGGGGACCCCCCUGUGAAAGUUGUGCUUGUAGCAGGGGGUGUUGGAAUUAACCCGCUCUUUUCCAUACUGCUGCACGUGGCAGAUCUUCAUGAAUCUCAGGAGCGUAAAGGAGGUGGAUACAAAAUGGGAACUGUGAGCCUCUACUACAGUGCAAAAAAUACAAAUGAACUCUUAUUUAAGAAAAACAUUCUUGGCCUGAUGGAUGCAUUUCCUGGAAAGAUCAUGUGUCGUUUCCACGUCACUCAGCAGCAUUCCCAGAUCUGCAGAGAACUCCAGCCACAUGUCACAGAGGGAAGAAUAUCUGAAGAGGAUCUAAAAAAGCAUGUAUCUAAGGAUACCCUAUGGUACAUCUGUGGGCCACCUCCAAUGAUAGAAUCUGUAUCCAGACUACUAGCAAAUAUUGGUGUUCCUCAAGACUGUGUUUUCUUUGAGAAAUGGUGGUAGCCACAGCUGUUGAA